AUGCUUUUUGCCCCACGUUCCACAUCAGUGAAAGCUAAGGCGUGGGUUGCCAACAGCGUACCACCACCUUCGCCAAUCGACCUCGCAAGCAGGCUGGCGGUCAUCAAACAGUUGCCACAGCAGGCGGAGCCACAGCUGUCGCACCAAUCACUGGUGCCGUACGUGAGCCCUGAUGAGUCGUCCAGUUCGGACGUGACCAUCUCUCCCGAGCUGUCAUCAAACAGCAUUUCUCGAGGCUCCCUGUCGAAGUCGACGUCCCCGGUGCCGCCCUUUGCCCAGCCGACGUCCUCGCUUCCGAUGUCACCGCAGGCUCUGACAUCACUGCAGCCUCCGGCUACCGAGAAAAGUGACGUCGAGGGCGCCAGUGGCGUUGACGGCGGCACUGGCGAGGCGUCCAUGACGCAGAGCGAGGACAGUGGCUCCCUCGUUCUGAACUUGAUGGACGGCACCCAGUGUGAGGUCAUCGCCUCGAUGUUUGCCUCGGCACAGCGCAUGGCGCAGGACCACGACCAGACACCAUGUGCCCACGCCAGCGUGAUACGACCAUUGCCUCCACAAGCGGAGGCGCUUCCACUCGGGCUUACACCCCCGUCGCCAGCCGCACCACUGGUGGCGCAGCAGUGGUAUUUCCGGCCCCGGGGUCCCGAACCGUGGUCUCCACGCUCACCUUAUCACAUCGGAGUUCGGCCGCUGCCACCGGACGCCAUGCGCGUGAUCUCACCACCGGAUGAGGGUGACUCAGUCACCAUAUCGCCCACAGGGGAGCACAGUGGCAGCCCCAUCGACUCGGCCACUCGAGUGGAGGCGGUGUGGACAAGCGCUCCCACCGGCGCCCCAGGGGACGACGCCACCCCCGAAACGCCCCUACUUCCCGAAGCCUCGGCGCCGCCUCUCAAGCGCAUGUCAGAGACGUACGCGCAGUACCUAGUAAGGCUUCGCAAGAGCGGCCAGCUGGAUGCGGAAAUAGAAGACGGGAGCGACUCCUUCGAAGGAGGAUCCGGGCCGACCAGGGACGCUUCCCAGGACCAAGGCGCCAGACGUCGCGCCUCUAGCGGCAAAAGCGAUUCGGAGGAUCGCCAUUAG